UACGCUAGGCGCCAAAUUUGUUUAGUGCGGAAGGCGCAACAACAAGACGCUAGUGGUAUAAUAUUGUAAGCUAGUUAUUACAAUAUUGUCUUAUAGUUUCAGCUGUUUGGCCAAACUUUCCCUCGUCGGUAUGUCUCAGCAGUCAGGCUACUCACCCAGCUUCAAGCGACCGUCUGAAAUUAUGCGAAUGAGGAGGAAAAGAGCCCGAAGCGAGGCCGGUGUCUUCUCUAGCACGAGCGGGCAGGCUUCCACUGGCAGUCCGGGACAAAGCGGCUCGUCCCCGGCGUGUGUUCGUCCUUUCUCCCCGGGACCGCUUUUCAACUCUCAGGGCCGCUCCGGAGGUGGAAUAAAACGCAGAAACCCGUUCGCAAAUAUUGAAAAUACUUACAGCCCAAAAAAGAAAUUACUAAUUUAUAACGAGGAGGGAAAUGCCGAAGCUGCCGACAGUUACAAGAACAAAUCGACAGAAAAGGAGGGAGAAGAUGACAAGUCAACAAAGACAGAGUGUCACGGAGUUUUAUCUUUCAGUGCAAGUUUGACUGAGGCAGAAAAACAGGAACGCCAUGAUGCUUCCAGCAGGUGUCUCACUUUCUCUGAGGAUGACUCUCUGUUUGAAGAGGAGGAGGGAGACGUUACAAGUCCACUGCUGAAGAGUCCCCAGGCCAUUGCUCCUGCCUCCAUAGCUCCUCCAGUGUGCACGGAGUACCCAGCAGACUGGAGCCUGAAGACUCGCCUCCUCUUCACCUCCCCGCUCUCCCUGUCAUGGGCUGAGCAACCCAAAGCCCAGGAGGAAGCUCUGGGCCUCAGCCAGCAUUGCAGAGCUCAGUUUAGCACACUGCCUCACAGUCUACAGGAUCCCAGGUCCUGCUCGGAGCUUCGCUGUGCCUUCCAGCAGAGUCUUGUCUACUGGCAGCAUCCCUCCCUGCCCUGGCUCUCUCUGUUUCCUAGGAUCAAUGCUGAGAGGAGCUUCACAGGGAAGAGCACCCCAUGGGCUCAAGAUACAUCACUGCAGCAGAGUCUUAUGAGUGAAUGGUCAGUCAGUCUGUCAUCUCUCUACAGUCUACUGAAGGCCAGACUGUGUCCUUACUUCUACCUCUGUUCCUAUCAGUUUACAGUGUUGUUCAAGGCAGCAGGUCUCAGUGGUUCCAGCACCAUCACAGCCUUGAUUUCUCCCACAACCCGGGGCCUCAGAGAGGCAAUGAAGGCUGAAGGUAUAGAGUUCAGUCUCCCUCUAGUGGAGGAGAGGAAGAAGAGCAUGGACCAGCAGAACCAGGGAGAGGAGGAGAAGGAGGAGGAGGAGGAGGAGGAGAGAGCAGACGAGUGUUCUGAGCUGAAAGAGGGUGUAGACUGUCGGGGAGGUGAUGAGGAGGAAAAUGGUGAUGAAGACAGCGAUUUCUCCUGGCUGAAGGAGAUGGGAAUCCAGGACAAAAUCAAGAAGCCGGACAGCAUCACCAUACAACUUCGUAAGGAGGGUCACACUGUGUCUCUGGACCAUAAACCAGAGUCUGUGGUGUGUGUGGAGGGAUCUCACACUUUCACCCUCAUCAACUUCCUCAUUAACUGUAAGAGUCUGGUGGCUGCAGCGGGUUCUCAGGCCGGGUUACCGCCAACACUGCUGGCUCCCAUCGCUUUCAGAGGAGCUACGAUGCACACUCUGAAGGCCCGCAGUGUAAACGUGAAGAGCCAGGUUGGUUCUACCUACCAGAAUAUUAGCAGUCUGGAGAUCACAGGACCUAUCCUCCCCUCCUCUCUCCAUGCCAUCACUACCCUCCUUCGGCCCUCACAGAAAGGAAACUUCUCAGCUACUCUUUACACACACGCGCCUACUGCUGUCAUGAACAUGCACACUAAGCAACAGUGUCCUGGUUCGUCUGUGGACCUGUCUGGUUGCGGUCUCCAUCCUGCUUCCAUCCAGCAGUUGCAGCAGUCUUCCAGCUUGGGGAAGACUGCACUGACACACAUCAACAUGAAAAACUACAGCUACACCUGGAGAAACUGAAGGGUUGGUGACAGUGUGUGUUUCUGGAACUACCACUCUUCUAAGAACUAGAGAGUGUGUGACAGAAACAUCCGUUCUGUUGCACAUAAAAGCUGCACUAUUAUUGUUGCCACACCCAGACUGAAACCAGUACUCCUCUGAGUUUCUGUUUCUCUGAAAACGCCUUUUAAAAACAGAUUUUAUCGCACUGUAAUGUGUUUUUUAAAACUUUUUUUUUACGUCUGUUCUCUUGUAAUGAUUGCCUAGUUUAGGCAGCUUUUUGUAAGUACAUUUUAUUUGGUUCCAAUUUGUUUUAUUUUGGAGAAAACCGAUACUCUUUUCCCAUUCAUUUUUCUCAGCUCAGCGUUUAUGAAAUUAAAUUAUUGGUUUAAAAUGUUCAAACAAUUUCCUUAUUUAAUGAUUUUCGCUUCCUUUGAGAAGUUACAGUUAAGUGGUUUUUGCCCGCCCUCACACAUCAGCUCAUAGACUCUGAGCUGCCAUCACCAAAAUACUUCCAGCUGCAUCCAUUUUUCACUUAGAAGUCAGCGCACGCAAUCAUGCGGAGUCUUAGGAACAGUUCCAUCCUGCCCCGUCUUCAUGCCAUCUGUUAAUGGCCGGACUAUGAAGUGACAGGGAAGGUAAAAUACCCAACCCUGCAGGUGUCAAACAGGAACACAGGGAGCAUCCCUCUAACUGGGACAAGUACCAGUCAGACCAGGAUGUCUCAGCUGUUGUAGCCUUGGAGACACAGCAGCAGACCUCUGCCCUGGAUGAAGUUCAGCAAGAUUAACUUACUAGUUAGGGUUAGCUGAUCCACCAUCACCCACUGAGACCGUCCAUGCAGGUCUGCUGUAGGGAGAGAAGAAGAGGUAUUUGAACUGGAGUGAAGUGUAUGAAAAUGACUGGUGUAUAAUCUAUCUUGGGCAGGAUUGUUGAGUUUUUUGGCAACCUGGAAUCCUGAUUUUUUUUUUUCCCCCUCAUUUGAAUCU